GUCGCGUUUAUUGUCAUCUUUGCAGUAAAGCUGCGGUGCAUCAGGAACAGCUGACUAUGAACUGGGCGCUGGGAGGCUCAUGACAAGUAGGUUGAAGUAGGAGGAUGAGGUUGAUAGAUGCCCCAAGCAAGGACAUGGCGGACGAAAUGAAGAAAUACCUGCAACAAGUACUUUCCAAAGUAGAUGGUCUUCUGUGUAUACUGAUUACAGAUAGGGAUGGUGUACCUGUUUUGAAAGUUUCAGCAGACUCUGCCCCAGAACUUGCAAUGCGACCAAGUUUCUUAUCCACUUUUAGUAUGGCUACUGAGCAAGGAGGAAAACUUGGACUUGGGAAAAAUAAAUCCCUAAUCUGCAUGUACUCCUCAUACCAGGUUGUGCAGAUAAAUAAGUUGCCACUGGUAAUCAGUUUCAUUGCUACAAGCUUAUGCAACACAGGGCAUUUGCUUUCCUUGGAACACUCAAUUGAACCACUAUUGGGAGACCUGAAAUGCGCAGUAGCAGACUGAGUACCAUUCUGGGACUGACUGUGUGAUAAAUGUAUGCAUGUUGCAUGUAUUGUGUACAGCACUUUAUGAUACUGAAAUGUUAUGUUCCUUGUCCUGAAAUUUAUUUACACUGUUUAAAACCAAACUAUGUUUUUAAAAUAAAUAUUUCUCAAUUUUCAUAGUAAA